GAGACUGGAGACAGAUCGGAUUCCUGAAAGUCCCCGGCGGGCAGGGGGACAGGGGCGGGCUUAGGGCUCCGGCUUCCCCAGUCUCAGCCCUGCUUCCCCUCCCCUGCCUCCGCCUCAAAACCCCGCCUGCAUCUGGGAGCCGGCCGAGUCCCCAGCUGACACCCACAGCCGGUGUGCUGCUCGCUGUGAACCUGUGCUGCCUGCUGGAGGGACGAGGCUCUCCUCAGCCUGAAGGUGGGUCAGACGGGCGGCAGCGGGGCCGCCGGGCCGGGCCUGCAGGGUGGCACCUGAUGGGCAGCGGGCCCCUCGAAGGGACGCUGCUACUCAGCUGAGCGGGACUGUGAGGCUGCCUUGUGCUUGUCGGGGUUGGAUCCGCACCUGUGAGGGGCUCAGAGACGUGCUUUGCAAGAGGCCCACGGAUGUGAGGACUGGCCCGGCCCGAGGACACGGACUUCCCCGCGUGCUGGGCGUCGAGACCCCCACCCAGCAGCACCUGGCGCACCCUUGUGAGUCAACCAGGCCGUCUAGGGUUAAGAAGACCUCUGGGGACAGAUGGCUUCAGCCGGCCUUGAACUCCUGGGCAUGACCCUGGCCGUGCUGGGCUGGCUGGGCACCCUGGUGUCCUGCGCCCUGCCCCUGUGGAAGGUGACCGCCUUCAUCGGCAACAGCAUCGUGGUGGCCCAGGUGGUGUGGGAGGGGCUGUGGAUGUCCUGCGUGGUGCAGAGCACGGGCCAGAUGCAGUGCAAGGUGUACGACUCGCUGCUGGCGCUGCCCCAGGACCUGCAGGCUGCCCGCGCCCUCUGCGUCAUCGCCCUCCUGCUGGCCCUGCUCGCGCUGCUGGUGGCCAUCACGGGGGCCCAGUGCACCACCUGCGUGGAAGACGAAGGUGCCAAGGCCCGCAUCGUGCUCACCGCAGGGGCCCUCCUCCUCCUCUCGGGCGUCCUGGUGCUCAUCCCCGUCUGCUGGACCGCGCAUGCGAUCAUCCAGGACUUCUACAACCCCCUGGUGGCCGAGGCCCUCAAGCGGGAGCUGGGGGCCUCCCUCUACGUGGGCUGGGCCGCCGCUGCUCUGCUCAUGCUGGGUGGGGGGCUGCUCUGCUGCACAUGCCCCCCGCCCCAGAUCGACCGGCCCCGAGGACCCAGGCUGGGUUACUCCAUCCCCUCCCGCUCGGGUGCGUCUGGGCUGGACAAGAGGGACUAUGUAUGAGGCGGAAAGCCCGCUGCUCAGAGCCUUGACCUUGUGCUGGAUGUCUGCGGUAACCCUUGCCCCCAAAUGUCUACCCCUUCCCUGGGUGAAACCUGCUUCCCAGAAGCUCCAAUCAGGCCUGGCCUGAGCUGGGGCCAGCUGGCCUGAGUCCAGACCCUCUUCACUGGGCGGGGAGGGGUCCCCACAGGCUCUUCCCCUUCCCCCACUCAGGCAGAGCCAGAGCUGAUAAGCAGCCGGCCUGUCCCCGCCCCCCCCUCAACAUAUUGCUUUCUUUGUGGUCCACGACCUAGGCCACCCCUGUCCCAGGAGCCUGGCCUUCACCCAAAGGGCAGCAGCUCCUGGUUUCCACAAUGAGGGAAUCCCUGCCCUGGAGUGG